AUGUUGAUAUCAACUGGUUAUAAUCAUUUACAUUUCGUUGAUGAUGUUGGUAUUGUAUACGCCAAGGGCAGUAAUCUUUGUUAUCAACUUGGUGUCAACUAUGAUGUACCAUGGCUGGAUCAUCCUACCAAGGUCACAUACUUCCAGGAUCGGAACAUUAAGAUCAAGGCACUCGCUGCAGGUCGCGAACACAGUCUAUUCAUAUCAGAUACUGGUCAAUGUUAUGGAUGUGGAGACAACACUUAUGGACAGACUGGCCUCGGUCUCGGCUUGUUAGUGGACAAUGACGACUGUGACGAAGAUGAACAAAGUAGCAAUCGACGUACACUUGGUUUGAUCACUUUCAAUAGCGAGUCUGGUGCCAACACUGUCACUUCAUGUUACUGCGGUGACUUCCAUUCGAUUGUUAUCGACUCUGCAUUAGGACUGGCAUACAGCUUUGGAUGGGGACUAUACUAUCAACUUGGUAAUGGUCAAGCGGCCAACCUAUACACGCCCGCACCAAUCAAUAUCCAAUCACAAUCAAUCAAUGACAAUGUUGAUGGCAAUGGCACAGGCGUCAGUAGUAGACCACGCAUUAUCAAGGCAGCUUGUGGUACUUGGCAUUCAUUGUUGUUGGAUGAUGAAGGCCAGGUGUAUAGCUUUGGCUGGGGAGAGUUUGGUCAGUUGGGACAGGGUGACACAGACAGUUGUACAACACCAACUAUAAUAGAAUCAUUAAUGGAUGAUAUUAAGAUCAUAGAUAUAUCAUGUGGAAGUGCAUCAUCAUUAUUAUUAGAUGAUCAACAAAGAUUAUUAUUAUGUGGACAACAGUGGAGGCCUCCAAAUACAUCAUCAUCGUCUAAUAAUCCAUUUGAACCUUGGCGUAAGAUAAUGUCACCUGCACCAAUCAUACUUCCAAAGCAUACAUCAAGAGUAUAUUGUAAUACAUGGACAAGUUAUAGUUGGACAUGA